AUGGGAACCACAGCAAGCCCAGGAAUGCCAAAGACUAGAGCAUCGGAGCUGGAUCUGCUUCUUGGAGAUGAGGUAGAGGAUGUCGCCAGUUAUGACGCAGUGGACAAAGCCAUCGCUCUGUCGGUCGGGGAGAUCCAAGCCCCCGACGAAGAGCUCACGACACGUGGCUUCAGCUGGAGGACAUUAUGGGCGUAUGCGGGCCCCGGUUGGCUCAUGAGCAUCGCGUACGUGGACCCAGGCAACUUGGAGAGUGACUUACAGGCUGGUGCAUACGCUGGAUACCAGCUCACAUGGGUGUUAUUUGGCGCGACGGCAAUGGGUUUAUUCCUACAAAUUCUGGCUGCUCGACUGGGCGUCGUGACGGGCAAAAACUUGGCUGAAAUGUGCACCGCCGUGUAUCCUCGCUGGGCUUCGUUGACGUUGUGGAUCAUGACGGAGAUUGCAAUCGUCGCGAGUGACGUCCAGGAAGUGCUGGGUUCGUCUAUUGCAUUCCAGGUGCUCUUCGGCUUCCCGCUAUGGGUCGGCUGUCUGAUUACGGGGUUCGACACCUUUACGUUCUUGUUACUGCAUCGUUACGGUAUCCGUAAACUCGAAGCCUUCUUCGUGUCUCUAAUCAUCGUCAUGCUCGUGUGUUUCUGUGCCAAUUUGGUACGUGGAGAUGUCGCGUCGGAAGAUGUAAUGCGCGGCUUCGUGCCUCGUGUGGAUCGCUACGCUGUGACGCAAGCCGUGGGUAUCCUGGGCGCUGUAAUCAUGCCACACAACAUCUUUCUGCACUCCGCACUCGUCCAGACUCGACAAGUGAAUCGACAUGACGGACGGAAGGUGCGCGAAGCCAACAAAUACUUCGCCAUCGAGUCCAGCUUCGCACUGUUUGUGUCGUUCUUAAUCAACUUGGCGGUACUCGCAGUCUUCGCCAAGGGAUUCUUCUCUUCCGACUGCACAACUUCCUACGACACGGAUGGAGUCAACACGGCGUGUGUUCCUGGCGCGAUUGCUCAUGGAGAUACAUACGGCUCUUGUCAUCUUGCGAGUGGAGGAGAGGGAAUGUGUCAGGAGAUUGGCUUAUCUCAAGCUGGUGUUGCACUUAGCGGGAUGCUGGGGCAGUAUGCAGAUACGAUCUGGGCUAUUGGUCUGUUGGCAGCUGGACAGAGCUCCACGAUGACGGGAACGUACGCGGGUCAAUUCGUUAUGGAAGGGUUUCUACAACUCCACUUGUCUCCGUGGAAGCGUGUGGCUCUGACACGGUGUGUGUCACUCGUUCCUGCCAUGACUGUAGCCAUCUUGAGCCAGGAAAACCCCGCAGAUAGCGACCACAUGGACGAGUUGCUCAACGUGCUGCAGUCCAUUCAGCUGCCGUUCGCGUUGCUCCCCGUGUUGAUCUUCACCAGUUCGUCGGAGAUCAUGGGCGACUUCGCCAACAGUAAAGCCACAGUAGUGACGGGCUGGCUGCUUGGAGGGCUGGUGUGUGUUAUCAACCUGUACUUGCUGUUCACCAACCUCGAAGGACUCGCGCUCGGAGUGAUUGGACUCACAGCGCUAGGAGGCACUUGCUGUCUGUACUUCGGCUUCUUGGGGUAUCUCGUCCGAGCCGACAUGACGCUCUCCGCGCAACGCGCACGCACGGCUUCAAGUUCGCGACGCAUAUCGCAGGACAUUUAA